AAUAAUACGAAUGCAAAAUUAGUAUUGUAGCUAUAGAGGAAGAAGAACGUGAGUGAUGAUAGUUUAUUACAACUGUUGAUUAGGUAGUUACGAUCCAUCCAAAUGAAUGGGAACAAUUUUAGAAAUGAUUUUGAAAGGACUAAACUUUAAAUAAAUUAAAAAUAAAAAAAAAAAGCUUUUGGAUAUAUGGGGUGUGGGGGGAGGGGGGAGAGGAAAAACUAAAGGGCAUGACGUGGGCCCGUAUUUGUUGUUGGAUUAUAUCUCCUGAGGUGUGGGGUCCACUUAGGGAACACAACCAUAGAAGCUGGUCUCACCACGUGGCCACCCACCAAAUGCUUCUCCUUUUCAUUCUCUUAGAUGUAACAGUUUCCUGAUAUCAACUCCAAACUUACAAUCCCUGUAAUCCUCUUCUCUAUAUAUAAUCCUUUCCCACCUCUUCUUCCUUCCCAUCAAUGGCGGAUUUCCCUCCCCACUUCCAGACCUUCAUCUCCCCUCAUUCCAUGGAGGAUCCUAGUCUCCACCUUCUCCCUCCUCCCUACUCUGUUCCACCCAACCCACCUCCUAAUUUCACCAACUUCUUCCCAUUCUCCAGCGACCCCUUCUUCCCCCACCAACCGCCACCGCAGUUUCCACCACCAAAUCCGCCCGAACCCACCUCCAGCUUCCCACUUUUUCCGUCCCAAACUUCUCCCCCACCACCACUCUCUGAAUUCCUCGACAUCAAGAAGAGAAAAUCCAUGGAUGUUUCAGAAAGCAGCUCUGGAAUCUCAACUCCCCAACUCUCUGAAACAGGGUUCAACACAAAACAAAAUUCAAGAAAAGGGAAGAGACUGAAACGAACAGAGAUAGAAGAAGAGGAGAAAUCAAGAAGAGAAGUGGUUCAUGUUAGAGCCAGAAGAGGGCAAGCCACUGAUAGCCACAGUUUAGCUGAAAGGGUGAGAAGAGGCAAAAUCAAUGAACGACUAAGAUGCUUGAAAGACAUUGUCCCAGGAUGCUACAAGCAGACCAUGGGGAUGGCAGUCAUGUUGGAUGAGAUAAUUAAUUAUGUUCAAUCUCUGCAGAAUCAAGUAGAGUUUCUGUCUAUGAAACUGGCUGCAGCUAGCUCUUUGUAUGACUUCAACUCGGAGGUCGAUGCCAUAUCAAAAUUACAGAGAGCGAAGGCACAUGAAGCAAAAGAAGAAUUGGAGAGAUUGAUGAGAGAAGGAUAUGGAGGAAUAGGUUGCUUCCACUCAAAUUUGCCCCUUUGACUUUUAUUUCUGGAAGUCAACAUUAGAAGAUCAUCCAUUUUUCAGUUUUUUUUCUUUUUUUUUUCUUUUUAUGAUUUUAUAGAUAAAUUUGGUUCUCCAUUUAUUUAUAAUAGGUACUUAGUAGAAACAGCUUAUUCCAAUGGAUAA